AAAAGAAGAAGAAUCAUAACAAUUUUUUUUACAUGAAGAAUUUUAUAACGUCAACAAUUUGGUAGUGAAUUGAUUAAAAAUAUACGUGAAACGCCCAUGGAUUUACAACAAUUAGAAGAAGAGGCACGCCUAGCGGCCCUUAAGGACAUUAAAAACAUGCUCCAGCGACCAGGACAACUAGAAAAAGUUGAACAAUAUUGCCACAGAGUAGCACGCAAAAAAGCCUCCGUGGAGGCUCUUCUAAAGACUGGCAUGCAAAAUCAAUUAGAAGGCGUAAGGGUUGGUUUAAAGCAAUUGAAAACAUGCCUGGCGGAUGUGCGGGAGGUAAGUCAGACUAUGGCAGAAGUGGAGAAACUUAUGCAGGGUGUGCCUGAAAUCUACGAUGCUUUGGAAGAUGUACGUGAAGAAAAUACAAAACAUUCCCAGUAUGCCACAGCAGUAGAGAAUCUGAAGCAUAUCUUCAAUGUAGAGGCCAGUGUGCAGAAAACAAUGACGUAUAUUGAGGAAGAUAAGCUGCUAAAUGCCCACCAGUGUUUAACCGAUUUGGAAAACGCCCGAGAUGAUUUGCUGUAUGAGUUACACAAACAACCCAAACAGCAUGCCUCUGACAAAAUAACACUUAAACGGCAUUUUGAGAAGAUCGAUACCGUAUCACAUGCGCUGGAAAAGAAGCUUCGUUUAAUAUUGAGUCGUACCUUAAAUACGGUACGCAAGGAACCCAAAUUCAUUGUCACUGCUCUGAGAAUCGUUGAGCGUGAAGAGAAAAACGACCAAUUUGCUUUGCAGCAACAAAAGGUGACGUCAUUUUUACCGCCAGGACGUCCUAGACAAUGGCGCGCCAUGACCAUGAAUGUUCUUAAGGAGGCUGUGAUUACACGCAUUGAAGGCUCCAAGUUGGAGGAAAGAGCUGACAAUAAAAUGUGGUUAGUUCGUGACUUGGAGAUAUUACGACUAAAUAUCUUAGUCGAUUUGAGAGUGGUAAAGUCGUUGUGUGUACCCUGUUUCCCACCGCACUAUAACAUUUUUGAGGAAUAUGUAAAAAUGUACCAUGAAGGAUUAUCGAAUUAUAUAGAAAAUAUAGUCAGCGGUGGCUUGGAGGGUAAUGAAUACGUCUCACUAUUAACCUGGGUUAUCAAUACAUAUCCUGGACAUGAACUAAUGAGACAUCCCGACUUAAAUGUUAAUAUCAACCAAGUGGCUGGAUCCCUACUAACCUCAGAGCACUUAACCUCACUGGAAGACGAGUAUUUGGGCAAUAUGCAGAGAAACUUCCAAGGAUGGAUGACCACAACAGCUGACAAAGAUAAAAUUGAAUGGUUUUCGGAACAAAUACCCGAUCAAGAUGAACAAUACUACCACAGUCCAUCCUCUGUUAUCAUCUUUGAUAUGAUCAAUCAAUUGCUGCAGGUUACCGAUACCAUACACAAUGAUUUGACCUUUAAGGCUCUGGUGAUGAGUAUACGACAAUUGGACUUGUUCGGCCAAACGUAUUUGAAACAUGUGGUGGAAUUGAAGGAACAUCAUUUUCGUAAUCGUGAUCAAAUCAAGUUUUUCACUCAUCACAUUAUUGCCAUAGUGAACAACAGCCAGCAAAUGUUGGAUUUGGCACAUCAGUUGAAGCAGAAAUACUGGCCCAAUGCGCGCACGGAACACUAUGAGUAUUUCGAGAAACUUGUAGAGACAUUCCAGCGUAUACGCUCUCAAGCUGCGAGUUAUUUAUUGGAAGAAGCGUUUCUAGAUUUGGAUGGCCAUUUCAAUGAUUUGUUUACUCAAAAAUGGCUACCAAACUCCAUAUCGGUGGAGACAAUUUGCAUGACAUUGGAUGAUUAUUUUCAGGAUUAUAAUCAUUUAACACCCUCCAAUUUCGAAAUGGUCAUUAAUGAGGCCCAAAAACAGUUGGCCAAACGUUAUAUACGCGCCCUGCUCUCUAAGCGCCUAUCACGUCCCUCUACCGAUUGUGAGGCUAUCAAGACUAAAAUAAAUUCCGAAGCUAAAGCUUUAGAGAGAUUCUUUGAAAAAAUUGCACCCAAUCUUUCAUUGAGUGACUCUCCUUUGAAAUUGAUAUCAAUGCUAUCCAGUUUACUUGUAUGUGAUGUGGAAGUUUUACUCUUAGAUUUGCAUACACUAUUGGGCAACUAUCCAUCGUUGACCGAAGAUCAAAUUGUACGUCUGUUUUACAUACGCAACGAUGUCAAGGCAGCCGAAAUCCGUCAAAAGGUACAGGAUGCCAAUCAAUCGAAAAAACCAAUGGUUACUAUCGCUAAACAGGAUUGUAUAUUUAAAGAAAUUGUUUUUAGUGAUAAAUUGUGCCAAGUCAUGAGCACACCCAAAAUAGUUAUAGUUGGUUCGGGUGCAUCGGGCAUUGCAUGCGCUACCAAACUACUCGAUUACGGCUUCGAGAAUGUUGUUAUCGUUGAGGCGGAAUCACGUAUUGGCGGUCGCAUACACACGAUACCAUUUGCCGACAAUGUAAUCGAUCUGGGCGCUCAGUGGUGUCAUGGCGAAAAGGAUAAUAUUGUUUAUGAGCUGGCUCAUAGCCAUGAACUGCUGGAGUCAACCGGUGAUGUAUACGAAUCAUAUCAAUGUGUACGUUCGGACCGGGAAGUUGUACCUGAAAAUGUCAGCCAACGCUUAAAGGACAUUGUAAAUGAAAGUUUGGUUACCAGACAAAUGGAAUUGCGGAAUUGCAAUGGCUCGCUGGGCAGUUAUUUGAAUAAUAAAUUCUAUGAGGCCUUGAGAAGACCGGAGAAUUCCGAUAUUGAUAUGGCGAUAGCAAAAGAGUUCUUUGAGAAUUACAAAAAGUUUGAAAAUUCUGUAGAAGCUUCAGAUACCUUGGACGAUGUAUCGGGUCGAGGUUAUUUGGAAUAUUGGGAAUGUGAAGGAGAUAUUUUGCUCAAUUGGAAGGAUAAGGGAUAUUUGGAAUUCUUGCGUUUGCUUAUGAAAUCCCGUGAGGAGAAAACAGCGUAUGGCAUUUUAGAGAAGCGCAUUUUGUUAAAUAAAAAAGUAACCACAAUCGAAUGGAAUCGCAACGAUUGUUGUGCCCAGAUACGUUGUCAAGAUGGUGAUAUGUUUGUGGCGGAUCAUGUGAUAUUAACGGUAUCGUUGGGGGUACUCAAGGAACAACAUUUGAAAGUUUUUGAACCCAAAUUGCCAGUGGAGAAACAACGGGCCAUUGAAGGCUUAGGUUUUGGUACGGUCAAUAAAAUAUUCAUAGAAUUUCCCCAUAAAUUCUGGCCAGAAAAUUGGACCGGCUUUACCAUGUUAUGGCGCGAAGAGGAUAUUGAGGAGAUUAGAGGAACCUCACGUGCCUGGCUUGAAGAUGUUUUUGGCUUUUACUGUGAUCACAAUCAAACACGUCUUUUAAGCGGUUGGAUCAUUGGAGCCAAUGGCCGGCAUAUGGAAACACUGCCACAUGAUGAGAUCGUAGCGGGUUGCAUGUUUCUGUUUAGAAAAUUCUUGCAGUGGGAAAUACCCGAACCCAGUAGUUUUAAAGUAUCAAAUUGGUAUACAAAUGAAAACUUCCGGGGUUCCUACUCAUUUCGAUCGAUGUACACCGAAGAGGUGGGUACCAGUGCCCGAGAAUUGGCACAGCCCUUAUAUGUGGUAACUACACCACCCGUCUUGAAUGGAGAGCCCACAAUUGAACCAUUAUUUACCCAAAGUCGUUGUGAUAAACCUAUUGUGCAAUUCGCCGGUGAAGCAACCAGCGAUCAUUACUUCUCUACCGUACACGGAGCCGUUGAAGCCGGCUGGCGUGAAGCUACCCGUUUAGCCGAUUUUUAUGGCAUGCUUAGAAAUUCCAGAAAACUACACAAAUCCAAUUUAUAACAAUUUUAGGACUUUGAAUGCCAUUAGAUAGGAUGUUCUAAACAUGGAAUAUUUAAUUGGCAUCUGCCAUUUAAAUAUUUUAUUGUUUAUUAACAUCUGCAAUGACAUUUAAAGUCCCGAAAUGAAAAUCUGAAAACUUAAUAAAUCAUUUUCGAUACUAACGGUUACUUUUUAAGCUACGCUAGCAAGCGCCACAAUCAAUUUCAAUCAUGCAUCCAGCACAAUUCAUUUAGAUAUUUUUAUUUCUAAAUAUUAAGCUAAAAUCAUGUAGAGUAACCUGAUCAGUUUUCAUUUUAUUGUUUUUAAUUUGAAAUCUUUAAUUAUUUUAUUAUGAUUUAUUAGUUUUUCAUUUUUAUUUCUGGUCUUUAAGUUAAGACAAAUAUACAUAUUUUUGUUAAAAAAAGAAAUUAUUAUUUUUAUUGGUUCAAAAAUAAAAUUAUCCCAAAUAUUUAUGCA